CGAACCAAGUUCUUUUAGUGACUGUUCAUGUCAGGAGAAGAUUCGUGUACAUCAUGGAUAUCUGAGGAGUGUUUACGGGAACUAAGCGUAAAUGGGGAGCCGGAGGAGUGAUUCAUGGGGAGAUACGACAAAGGAAGAGGAUAUGAUAGUGGAGGUUGGGACAGUGGGGAUGAUCGACGAGAGAGGGGAAUAGAUCGAGGGCAAAGAUACGACGGUCGACGUGGUUAUUCUGCUAAGGAUUACGGAAGAAAGAGCGACAGACAAGUGAAGUGCUAUGAGUGUGGUGAAAUUGGGCAUUACAAAAGUCGGUGCCCCAAGCCGCAAGCGCAUCAGGGAAGCAGUGGAGGAACGGUCUCACUUAGUAGAGACCUUGAAAACUCGUUGAGCGCCAUGGGGAGGAUGGCGAAGCAACUUUUGGAGCAGCAGAAGCAGGCAGAUGACGCUAAGCGGGAGGCCGAAGUUCGUAAAGCGCAAGAAGAGGCAGAGAAAGCAGCUACAGAAGAAGAGGCGAGGGUGGCGAUGGCAAAGAAAUUGCAAAAGAAGGACAAGGAAAAGAGACGCCAAUGGGAGAUUCGUAAGCUGUUAGCCCAGCAAACGGCGGAGUUCGAGGCAAAAUUAGAAAAGAUGAUGGGUCUUACCAAGAAGAUGAAAGUCGUAUCUAUUGGAAAAAAGAAGGAAGAAGUGGGUGCUACCCCACCUCUGAGUUCGGCAGAAUCUGAGGAAGAGGAGGAGGAAUUGGCCACACCACUGAAAGACAAACAAAAGUGGCGAGACUCUACAGGCGCUGUGGAGAAUAGCCCGCCAGUUAAAACCCCGAAGAAGCAUGGGAAGAUGGAGGAUGUCGGGACGCCAGUGAGUCAAAAGAAGAAAGGACGAGGAAGACCUGCGAAAGCCGAGUCACAAGUGGCUCGGCUAGUGACAGGAGAAGACCCAUGGGAGGGAGUCCCCACGAGAGAGAAGUAUGCUACAGAAGCUGCUUUCCGAAAAGCGGUGAGAAAGACUAUUGGUUCCUUCUACCCGGAAACUUUGAAAGUGAUGUGUAGAGGAGCUGGGCUGCCGUUUUAUGGUGUCAAUGACGCAAUUGAUGCGCUGGCCAAACUACGUGUUACGUAUUGCUAUCGGCCUAAGAAGUCUGCAAGGUCUACCUCGACAAAGUCAACCGAUGAAGAACAGAUAGGGGGUGUGUUGGCCGACCCCGAGGGAGAGCCCGAGAAGUAAGUCCGAGAGUUGGGCUACUCUUCCGAAAUUUUUGGAAGCUC